CGUCUUCCUUUCGUCGCUUCCCUGCCAUCUCGUGGCCGUUCUUACAGGAUAUGGAGACUGCGACCCUUAAACCUCUCGCCGCCGCGCUCCCGCCACCACCCUCAUUGAACCACCGCAUCCUCACCGCCACCACCGUUCCCCACUUCAAGCAAAUCCACGCCCAAAUCCUACGCUCUGGCCUCGACAUCUCCGCCCCAUUCCUUUCCAGGCUUCUCGCCCUCCCCCUCGCCUCGUCGCCUUCUUCCCUCGACUACGCCCUCUCCGUCCUCCUUCACUCGCCCAGCCCCGACUUCCGCCUCGCCAACCGCGCCCUCCGUGCCCUCUCCCGUGCCGCCGACCCCCGCCGGACGCUCGUCGCGUACGGCCGCCUCCGCCGAGCCGGACUCGCCCUCGACCGCUUCAGCUUCCCAACGGUGCUGCGAGCGGCGGCGAGGGCCCGGGGAGUGGCCGGCGUGGUGGCCCGAGAGGUCCAUGGGCUCGCGGCCAAGACGGGGCUCGAUGCGGACCCGUUCAUCCAGACGGCGGUGGUGGGAGCGUACACGGCGCUCGGGCGGGCCGCGGAAGGUCGCAUGGUGUUCGACCGAAUGCAUCAUCGAGACCUCGUCGCCUGGGGCGUCAUGCUCGAUGGCUAUUGUCAGAGUGGAUGUUACAAUGAAGCCCUGCAGCUGUUUGAUGAGAUGAAGAGCUCUGGCGUAAUCCCUGAUCGAGUGAUCCUCGCUACCAUCCUUUCGGCAUGUGCGCGGACUAGAAAUUUGACAUCCGGUGGGGCAGUGCACUCGUACAUUGUGGAAUCUAACCUCUCAAUUGAUGCCCAUCUCCAGAGCGCGCUUAUUAGCAUGUACUCCAAUUGCGGAUCGAUGGACACUGCUCAGAGAUUGUAUGAUGAUACGUCACCUAAGAACCUGGUGGCAUCGACUGCAAUGGUCUUUGGGUAUGCCAAGGUCGGCAAAAUUGCAGUUGCACGAAGUAUCUUUGACCAGAUGACUGACAAGGACCUUGUCUGUUGGAGCGCGAUGAUCUCAGGGUAUGCUGAGAGUGAUCAGCCGAAUGAAGCUCUCAAGUUGUUCAAUGAGAUGCACCUCUUAGGUGUGAAGCCAGACCAAAUCACCAUGUUGAGCGUCAUCUCUGCUUGCGCUAAUAUGGGUGCAAGAGAUCAAGCUAAAUGGGUUCAUAUCUUUGUGGACAAGAAUGGAUUUCAUCAAAUUUUGUCGAUAAGGAAUGCUCUUAUUGACAUGUACUCCAAAUGUGGAAGUUUGGUUGAUGCACGCACAAUCUUUGAUGAGACAGCCUUUAAGGAUGUGAUUACCUGGACAAGCAUGAUCACUGGGUUUGCGAUGCAUGGAAAUGGGAGGUCUGCGUUAGCAGUCUUUGAUCAUAUGAUAUCGGAGGGGGUAAAGCCUAAUGGAGUGACUUUUAUCAGCCUGUUAUACGCUUGUAGCCAUGCUGGCUUAGUCGAUGAGGGUCGGAGGAUAUUUGAGUCCAUGAUCCAAGAUUACAGACUUGAGCCCAAGCAUGAGCACUAUGGUUGCAUGGUGGAUCUUCUUGGUCGUGCUAGACUUCUUCAAGAAGCACUCGAGUUCAUAGAAUCAAUGUCGUUUGCCCCAAAUGUGGUGGUGUGGGGGUCACUGCUAGGAGCAUGCAGGAUUCACGGUGAUGUUAAACUAGGCGAACUUGUGGCAAGGAGGCUACUAGAGCUUGACCCAAAUCAUGAUGGUGCUUAUGUGCUCCUGUCCAACAUAUAUGCAAAGGCUAGCAGGUGGGAGGAUGUGAGAGAGGUGAGAAACUUGAUGAAGAAUAAGGGAGUAAUUAAGGAGGCAGGAUUUAGUUGGAUUGAACUAAAUGGUCAUGUGCAUGAGUUCAUGAUGGGAGAUAAGUGUCAUCCAAGAUCUAGUGAGAUUUAUGGGAAGCUGGAUGAGGUUGUAAAGGAAUUGGAGCUUGUGGGCUAUUCUCCGGAUACAGCGACUGUUUUGGUUGAUUUGCAAGAGGAGGAAAAGAGGGAAGCCAUUCUGUUGCACAGUGAGAAGUUGGCUCUUUCUUUGGGGCUCAUCGACUCGAAGAAAGGCUCUUCGAUUCACAUUGCAAAGAAUUUAAGAGUAUGCGACGAUUGCCACACUUUCAUGAAGUUGGCAUCAAAGGUGUUUGAGAGAGAGAUCGUUCUGAGGGACAGGACCCGGUUCCACCACUACAAAGAUGGGGUUUGCUCCUGUGGAGACUUUUGGUGAUUGGCCAGGGCGCAGUUUUGAUUGCACUGUAUAUGUAUAAUUUAUGAUGAACAUUAGAUGGUAAUCAUUGUUACGGGCUUCAUUUGUAACGUGUGGAAACAUGAGAGGUGAUCAGAUCAGUCCUGAUGACUACAAAGGAGUAUCGGAUCUCGUUGUAUGCGCUUGUUUGAAUAACUUGAAAAAAAUCAUAUACGUGAAUUUUUUUUGUUGUGUUA